CAAUCCCACCAACUCAACAGCAUCACCAAAGCUAUCACCACCCAUCAUUCAAUCCAUCCACUCUCGUCAUCCAUCGCUACCACAGACCGCAGCUAAACCUUCCCGCCGAACAACCACACCAACCUACAGCCAUGGCCCAGGAUCCGGAGCGCACGUCGGCGCUGUCCGACUACAAGCAGAAGCUACUAGAACACAGAGAAUGGGACGCAAAGCUCAAGGGUUUACGAAUGGAGAUCAAAGAGUUCACCAAGGAGUUUGAUCACACCGAGGACAACAUCAAAGCACUGCAGAGUGUGGGUCAGAUCAUCGGCGAGGUGCUGAAACAGCUAGACGACGAGCGGUUCAUCGUGAAAGCCUCCUCCGGUCCCCGCUAUGUGGUCGGUUGCCGUUCCAAGGUCGACAAAGCGAAGUUGAAGCAGGGUGUACGAGUGGCGCUAGAUAUGACGACACUGACCAUCAUGCGGAUGCUGCCGCGCGAGGUUGACCCGCUUGUCUACAACAUGUCGCUCGAGGACCCGGGCCAGGUGUCGUUCGGCGGUAUCGGUGGUCUCAACGAUCAGAUCCGUGAGCUGCGAGAAGUCAUCGAGCUGCCGCUCAAGAAUCCGGAACUGUUCAUGCGAAUCGGAAUUAAGCCGCCGAAGGGAGUGUUGCUGUACGGUCCCCCAGGAACCGGAAAGACCCUGUUGGCAAGAGCUGUCGCAAGUGGACUGGAAACCAACUUCCUCAAAGUUGUCUCCUCGGCCAUCGUCGACAAAUACAUCGGUGAGAGCGCACGGCUGAUCCGCGAGAUGUUCGGGUACGCCAAGGAGCACGAGCCAUGUAUCAUCUUCAUGGACGAAAUCGACGCUAUUGGAGGGCGACGUUUCAGCGAGGGCACUUCUGCUGACCGUGAGAUCCAACGUACACUGAUGGAGCUGCUGAACCAACUCGACGGCUUCGACUACCUCGGCAAGACCAAGAUCAUCAUGGCCACCAACCGACCCGACACCCUGGACCCCGCGCUGCUACGAGCCGGUCGUCUCGACCGGAAAAUCGAAAUCCCGCUUCCCAACGAGGUGGGUCGCAUGGAGAUUCUCAAGAUCCAUGCGGCCGGUGUGGCGAAGGAGGGCGAGAUUGACUACGAGAGUGUCGUCAAGAUGAGCGACCAGCUCAACGGUGCCGAUCUGCGUAAUGUGGUGACUGAGGCGGGAUUCUUUGCGAUCCGUGACGAGCGUGAGGCCAUCAAUCAGGACGAUAUGAUGAAGGCCGUGCGUAAGGUGGCGGAGAUGAAGAAGCUGGAGGGAAAGCUAGAGUACCAAAAGUUGUAGAUUGGGGCUGUGGUUUUUUCGUUGGGAUUGUUCGCUGCUUUACACUUACUAUUUUUUCGGGAGAAUAAAGGCAUACGAUGCUGAGAUGAGUGAUGGGCACUACGAUUCCUUUUGUCAUUGGUUGGCGGGAGUACUCUUGACAAAUUGUAAAUACUUUAUGGUGAUAAUGAUGACGGACAUGUCUGCUUGCCCUACCUACUUUCCAUAGGUACCCCAUUCUCAUUACAGCAAG